CGCCUAGGGCACUGGAGGCGGCGCCGCGCGGGGGCAACUUCGCCCGGGAGCCCGCGCCGCCGGGCCCCGCGCCAGCAGCCCCGAGCGGGCUCGCGGUGGUUCCUCCCGUCCCGCGGCCUCCCCCCGCCGACUCCAGGCGCGGACCUUGGUCCUGGCGGCUCCGCGGCGGUGACACGAGCCUGCGCCGCCGCCGCCGCCGCCUCAGCCGCCGCCGCCGCCUUCCCCGCACCAUGGAGUUCUCCGAGAGGAAAAGAAGCAGGAAAUCCCAGAGCUUCAAACUGGUGAGCCGAGAUUAUCACCAUGAGGUAUAUAAGAUCCCAGAAUUCAGCAACGAUGUUAAUGGGCAGGCCAAAGAGACACAACCCAUUUUUUUAGGAGAUGAAAGCAUGGAAAUAAAAAAGCAAAUUACAGGGAUGAGAAGACUGCUGAAUGACAGCACCGGGCGGAUAUAUCAGCGAGUUGGCAAAGAAGGAGAGAAGUUAAAAGAAGAGCCCCAGGAUCUGGAUUUAGUCUGGCCUCCGCGUUUGAACUCCUCUGCUGAGGCCCCGCAGAGCCUCCAUCCGUCUUCACGUGGUGUGUGGAAUGAGCUACCGCCCCAGAGUGGACAGUUCUCAGGGCAGUAUGGCACCCGUUCUAGAACCUUCCAAAGCCAGCCCCACCCUGCUGCAAGCUCCAACGGAGAACUUCCAGUGGUGAAUUCAUCAGCUGGAUCAAACUGCUGUACUUGUAACUGCCAGUCAACGUUGCAGGCCAUUCUGCAAGAACUCAAGACCAUGAGGAAAUUAAUGCAAAUUCAAGCAGUUGGAACUCAAAACAGACAACAACCCCCAAUUUCCCUUAUGUGCUCCCAGCGAACUGCUGUCUCACGAAAGAGAAAUAAAAAGAAAAAAGUGCCCCCAAAGACUGUGGAACCUCUUACUGUGAAACAGAAGCCCAGCGGGUCCGAGGCCGAGGGGAAGGCAGCGGUGGCCUCUGAGCUAUCUGCUGCCCAGGCAGCUGAGCCCACCUCCCCGGAGAAGAGCCGCGUGCUGGGAUUCGGCAUUGUUCUGGAAUCACCUUCCUCAGAUCCAGAAGUACAACUUGCUGAAGGCUUUGAUGUGUUUAUGCCCAAAUCUCAGCUGGACUCUAUACUGUCGAACUACACUCGCUCAGGAAGCCUUCUGUUUAGAAAACUGGUGUGUGCGUUUUUUGAUGACAAGACUUUGGCUAACUCCUUACCCAAUGGGAAGAGGAAAAGAGGACUCAAUGACAACCGGAAAGGCCUAGACCAAAAUAUUGUGGGUGCAAUAAAAGUCUUCACAGAAAAGUACUGUACAGCUAACCAUGUGGAUAAGCUUCCUGGCCCAAGAGAUUGGGUACAGAUUCUACAGGAUCAAAUUAAACUGGCCAGAAGAAGGUUAAAAAGAGGCUCAGCAGAGAUUGCUGACGGUGAUGAAAGACUGGAUGGUAUUUCUCUCCCACCAACAGGAAAAAAAGCCUGAGGCCCAGAAACAUUAAGUGACUUUCCCAAAGUCUCAGCUGGUUGAUGGCCUGGCCGGAACCCGGGUCCCUCGACUCCCAGCCAUGAUACCACAUAGCUUUCUCAUACCUAAGCCAAAGUCAGCUUUUCUCUGCAUGUUUCUGAGAGAUCCUAAGAGAUAAUGGAUGUACCAGUCCCUUUAGGAGUCCACUUUGCCGUCUCAGUCUUCACAAUUAAAUGUUUGUCAUCGGCCCAGUUCACUGCAGCUUAAAUUUAUUUCUUCCAGCCUUUUCUCAACCUUUACCCAAGGCUGUGAGGUCAUAAUUAAGAAAACAGUAUAACACACCUGCAGGUCUUCUCACUAAACUAUUGAUACAUAUUUGAUACAAAUCACUAAGCAGCAUGAUAAAUAAAAACAUUUGUCAUUUAGAAAAGGGGAACCCAAGUUGCAGAUUGGUGCUCAAACUUUGCAGUAACAAAAUUAAAGAAUCUGGAUAGUCUAGCAUGUCUCUUGAUUGCCUCCAAAGCAAAAUUCCCAUUCUGACUGGCUUCUUUGAAUGCAGUGCUUCUGCUAACAGGUGCCCUCUGAGAAUUCCACCUUUCUUACACAUGUGGCUUCAUUCUUGAGCUUGAGCUUCAUUGGUCAGAACCACAGAAGCGACCGAGGGCUCUGAAACAGACUCUCGUCCCAUGUAUCCAAGCUAACAGCAGUUAGUUCUUUUCCAGGAUUCAACGAUGCUUUUAUGACUUUUGUAAGGUCUUUUUUCCUCCUUCCAAAUUUGUGUAUUUGGAGGAAGGCAGGAAAGGGGCUUAAAUCCUUAAGUGUCUCUAUGAACCGGAAGUGAUGAGGGCAGAGUUACAGGCAGAACGUCAGAUGACAUUUGUCUGGAUGCAUUACAUUUAAGCAAUCUCUGUUUGUCAGGUUUUAACAAAAAUGAAUGCACCAUCUAUAGUGUGUCUAUUUUAUAUUCCCUUAACCCUAUUCACUAAGCCUUUUGGGGCAACUACCAGGAUGAGCCCUAUGUUGAGUGCUGGUGUACAGAUGCCCUCAGACUAGUGUGAGAGGCAGAAAGGAUUACAUAAAUGCCUGAGCACAGAUGUGUGGAGAGGGCCUGGGGCUCAAGAAAAGCCACUCAGGAGCUGGGGACAAUUCGCAUUAAAAAAACAAUUAUAGAGAAAGUGAAAUCAAAACAGUGCUUUCUAAAAUUUAAAAUAGGGCUUUCAAAUUUGAAAUGGAGGAUGCUCGUCUGGACUUAGCAAUGGUCAAAAAUGGACAUUUUACAUGCUUUUCUUUUUAAAAAUUAAUAAAAUGUAAGGAAGAACAUUUCAAUUGCUUUUACCAUCCACAAACAACCAUUAUUGGAUGAUUUUUCUCAAAUGUUUCUCCAUUUUAUUUAUUUAUACGGCAGAGAUCAAACAUGUAAAAGUUUGUUUCCUAAGCUUUUUUUAUUUUUACUUAACUAGCAUUUUUCCACUUUAUGGUAAAUCUUCAUAUGCAUUAUUUUAAUAGCUGUAUGAUAUUCUGUUUUGCAGGUAAAUUAUAUUUUAUUAGGCCAUUUUCUAUUACUGUGCAAUAUGUGGAAUUUACUCUGAUAGUAACACACAUUCAUGGGUUUUCUCAUAAGAAACAAUCAUUACAGAUUUCAAAUCUCUACAAUUGCUCAUGAAGGACAGCUAAAGCCUUGGCUAAAAACUUAGCGGCUUCACUCUGAAACAGCCACUUCCCCAGUCAAUUCUUUGCUCGUCCAGAACACCCACCUCCAGCCAUGUCACAGAAACGUGUACAACUCUUCCUUAGAGAAGCGGCUCUCCCCCUUCAUUUUCUUGUCUCUGUUGUAGGUAAUAUAUUUGACACCAGGAGAGAAAACACGGAGGACACAGAACCAGGUUUCAUUGCCUAGACUUUGGUUUUAGUGACACUGUUCAGUGGUAUACGUAACUUCCAUUUGAAUUUCCGAAAAGAUCCACGUAGCAUUUCAGGUUCCUGCAAAGUGUGGGUGUUCUGUGAAGUUUACCUGUCAUGUUGAAUCGUUUCCUAUACUUUCUUUGUAAUGUGUGAUAAUCAAGCCUCCGAUUGGGUGUAAGAUUUCUAAAAUCAUUUUUCGGGUUGAUUUCUUACCCUUUAAAAGCCCGGCAUAUGAUUCAGUUAGUUCACUGUCCAUUAUAAAGAAGUGGUUCUCUCUUCCCUGUUUUCAUUCAAAACCUCAAUGUGAAUAUAGAGAGCUUUGAAACAUUUAUUUUAAUGUAAAUUGCUUAGAUGCAGUAUAAAGGAGGAUGGCUCUUUCCAGUGCUGAGAGAGCAGUUGUGAAGGCCAAAAUUAAUUAGACCUUCAUCAUCUUAAAAGAUGAAAAAGUUGUUUUGGGAGACAGGAUACCUCUGACCUAUGAGAUGAAAUCAUCCAUGACAUCAGUGCCCCCAAAUGGCCAUUUGUAACUGAGUAAGUGCAAAUGACCUAUGAGUCCUUAGGAAAGAAAAGCCUUUUCACCUAAGUUGCAUCAACACAAUGACAAAAUAACUAAUGAAAAGGUGAGAAAAUCAAUCAAUUAUCUACAUGAUACCUAACAGCCAUUUUAAAAAACAGAUGGGUUUAACUGAGUGGUCCAGGGUUUUGGCACCAUGUGGCAACUAGCUAAAAAUGUACUUAAUAUUAUAUCAUUUAUUUGGUUCCCAGUAUACUUGCCCUCUGCUUUAUAUGAAACUAAUAUAUGAAAAUCUGGAUUUAUUUUUAAAAGGUAUCUUGCCAUGAAGGCAUUUGUUUUAUAGAAAUAUUUGCCUUCAGAUUUCUUUCUCUAAUAAGAUGGUAAAUUUAAAAUACUAUGUUAUUUAGAAACAGUGCAUUUACACUUCCUUUAUUGUAUAAAGCAAAUUGCAUUGAAUCUUUGCCACUUGACCCAAAGGCCAGAAAUUGGCAUGAAAACAAUUUGGACUGCCAGUCACCAAACCCAGGCUUCACACCUGCCUACUGGCAGCUCCAGUGCCUUCCCCUAGCCCUGGAUUUAGCAAAGCAUAGAAUGUUAAGAGCUAAAAGUUAUUGUAGAGACUACUCAGUCCCACCCCUCGUUCUGCAGGUGGGGACGAAUGAGGGUAAGCUGUUGCCAAGGGCCCGUUAACCCCUCAGUGGCCGGGGCCCUGCCUAGAACCCCAGUUUCCUGACUACCCUGUCCAGGGUGGUCACAUCACGGUGUCACAUCACACUGAAACGCUAAACCUAGAGAUAGGAGGGGAUGCUCUGGGAUAAAUCCCUCUUCCACCAAAGACCAGCCGGUCAUCAAAGGUGACAGAAGGCAUCCCUGUGCUGUGACAAAAAGCUGGCUUUAAGUGUGGCCUUUGGAAUUCAUCUAACUAGUAGACAAGUUACGUCUCAUCUGUGUGUGUCUUAUUUUUCUUCUUUUGGGGGCUACAAGGAAGGUUUGGAGAAAUUAUUCCCACCAUACCUUUUCUUUAGCCUUUUUCCAUUUCUGGCCAGUAAAUAAUCCCUUUCCUGAAAACAGUCUCUUUGUUGUAUCCAGUGAUCUGAUGAAGUCUUGCAAACAGCGACUCUUGUGUUUUUUGCAGCAUGGGUUUUAAAAUCUGUCCUCUGCCUCCCAGAAGGAAAUAUUACCCAAGGGAAGGGAAAAGAUUAAUUAGCGACCUUUCACUGUGUUAAAAUAGGAUGAAUAGGUUGCUGGUAAAGGCAGAAACACUAACUUUCCAACUGUGGUCUGUUAGAGCUUCGCUGGGAGCUUCGGAAGCAGGGCCUUCCAAGUCAGGGCCACGGCUCGGAGGGUGGGUGGGCUUGAGGCUUGUUCAACUCAAAGCUAUGUGCAAUGAAUGGCUUCACACAUUGGAAAUACAUAUCCAAACUGCAACAGUAAAAUCAUAUUUUGUAAAUUAAAAUUGUUUACUUAUUGUGACUACUGUUCAGACCUUAUUCAGAAAUCCUUUUUAUAGGCUUUCUUAGCAAAAAAAAAAAAAAAAAAAAAAUCCAUAUCUGUGGAUGACGUCUCAAUCUUCUGUAUAUAUGUUUUAUUAAUAUGUAAAUAUUUAGAUUUUUUAAAAUUACUAUGUUCUUUAAAAAAGAAUUCCACGCGAGCCUAGUUGUCAAGAUGGUGUAUAACAUCGUGUUGUGAUAUCAGUUCCCAAGAUGCUGUUUAUGUCCGUUCUGGAAGAACACAAUAAAUACUUUAAUUGAA